ACAGCCGCUCAGCCCCGAGCAUAGCGUCAGUAUUACCACCUCACAGAACAGCCCGCGCCGAGCCCACAGAGGACCGGUAGAGCAAUAAUACUGUGCACAAAGGGAGCCGCAUACGCCGCGAAACAUGCUCUAACUCGUUUAUAUCGACAUUGGAAGAAAGACAAUGGGGGAAAUAGGCAAAAGAAGAUAAUAAUCUUUGAAGAAAUGCUUCUGAAACAGCGGAGAUAGUCCAACAACGCAUAAGGUCCUGACCAUGCACAUUCCUCCGCAUUGCACUUAAAUCAAAUGUGCAGAUUUUCCACACUGUCCAGCGGGACGGUGGUUCAAGUCGUGGUAACCGGGUGAACAGUGCAGUCCAGAAUCCGGGAAAGCCCACCUGCCAACACGAGGGAGAGACGGAUCUGGGGUCCACUGUGCGUUUUGGUCGUUUACACGAUGCGUUUGUUUCUGCUGGCGGUGUUCCUCUCGUACUCCUGUGCGCGGGCUGGCUGCGAGCCGAAGAUAGUGAACAUCGGAGCCGUCCUGAGCCAGAAGAGGUACGAGCAAGUCUUUAAGGAUGCAGUGACCCAGGCGAACCAGAUAUACGGGAGAGAUAAAUUCAAGUUGACCGCCAUCUCCGUAACGCACAAACCCAACGCUAUCCAGAUGGCUCUCUCCGUCUGCGAGGACCUCAUCUCCAACCAGGUGUAUGCCAUCCUCGUGAGUCAUCCUCCCCAGUCCAACGACCACCUCACCCCCACGCCUGUGUCCUACACCGCAGGCUUCUACCGCAUCCCUGUUGUGGGCCUCACCACACGCAUGUCCAUCUACUCCGACAAGAGUAUCCACUUGUCUUUUCUGCGGACUGUCCCCCCGUACUCCCACCAGGCUCACGUGUGGUUCGACAUGAUGCGAGAGUUCCGAUGGAACCACAUCAUCCUGAUCGUCAGCGACGACCACGAGGGGCGGGCCGCGCAGAAAAGACUGGAGACCCUACUGGAGGAGAGGGAAACAAAGAAUAAAAAAAGGAACUAUGAAAACCUCGACCAACUGUCCUAUGACAACAAGCGAGGACCAAAGGCAGAGAAAGUCCUCCAGUUCAGCCAGGAGACUAACCUAACUGCGCUGCUUCUAGAGGCCAAAGAGCUGGAGGCUCGCGUCAUCAUCCUCUCCGCCAGUGAAGAGGACGCUGCUGCAGUUUACAAGGCUGCCCGUUUCCUCAACAUGACGGGCUCGGGUUACGUGUGGCUGGUGGGAGAGCGGGAGAUGUCGGGUAAAGCCCUGAGUGAGGCACCAGAUGGUCUCAUUGGCCUCCAGCUCAUCAACGGCAAGAACGAGUCAGCCCACAUCAAUGACGCAGUGGCCGUGGUGGCCCAGUCCAUCCAGGAGCUCUUUGAGAAGGAGAACAUUACUGAGCCGCCCAGAGGCUGCGUGGGAAACACCAACAUCUGGAAGACCGGGCCCCUCUUCAAAAGGGUUCUGAUGUCAUCAAAGUACCCAGAAGGCCUCACUGGACGAGUGGAAUUCAAUGACGAUGGCGACAGGAAGUACGCUCACUACAGCAUUCUCAACUACCAGAAGAGUCGACUCAUUCAAGUUGGGAUUUACAAUGGAACACAGGUGGUGAUGAAUAAUCAGAGGAAGAUCAUCUGGCCGGGAGGAGAGACAGAGAAACCGCGGGGCUUUCAGAUGUCCACGAGACUAAAGAUAGUGACCAUACACCAGGAGCCCUUUGUGUAUGUGAAACCCACUGAGCAGGAUGGAACCUGCAAGGAGGAAAAAACCUUAAAUGGAGUGGCAGAUAUUAAAAAGGUGAUCUGCACUGGACCAAAUGAGACCAUCCCAGGUAACACAACAGGACGUCCAAUUGUACCUCAAUGUUGUUAUGGAUUCUGUAUUGACCUACUUAUCAAGUUGGCUGGAACCAUGAACUUUACCUAUGAAGUACACCUGGUGGCUGAUGGGAAAUUUGGAACACAGGAGCGGGUGAACAACAGCAACAAGAAAGAGUGGAAUGGCAUGAUGGGAGAGCUCCUGGGGGGUCUGGCAGAUAUGAUCGUUGCCCCGCUGACGAUAAACAACGAACGAGCCCAGUACAUCGAAUUCUCCAAACCUUUUAAGUACCAAGGCCUAACCAUCCUUGUUAAAAAGGAAAUCCCUCGCAGUACACUGGACUCGUUCAUGCAGCCGUUUCAGAGCACACUGUGGCUGCUGGUGGGUCUUUCGGUGCAUGUGGUGGCGGUGAUGCUUUACCUACUAGACCGGUUCAGCCCGUUUGGGAGGUUUAAAGUAAACAGUGAAGAAGAAGAAGAAGACGCCCUCACCUUGUCGUCAGCCAUGUGGUUCUCCUGGGGAGUGUUGCUUAACUCCGGUAUUGGAGAAGGCGCGCCGCGCAGCUUCUCAGCGAGAAUCUUGGGCAUGGUGUGGGCCGGCUUUGCCAUGAUCAUAGUGGCAUCGUAUACUGCCAACCUGGCUGCCUUCCUGGUGCUGGACCGGCCUGAGGAGCGCAUCACCGGCAUCAACGACCCGAGGCUGAGGAACCCAUCAGACAAGUUCAUCUACGCCACAGUGAAGCAGAGCUCUGUGGACAUCUACUUCCGGCGGCAGGUGGAGCUUAGCACCAUGUACCGCCACAUGGAGAAGCACAACUACGAGAGUGCCGCUGAGGCUAUCCAGGCCGUGCGCGACAACAAGCUGCAUGCUUUCAUCUGGGACUCUGCGGUGCUGGAGUUUGAAGCCUCGCAGAAGUGCGACCUGGUGACCACGGGAGAGCUGUUUUUCCGUUCGGGCUUUGGCAUAGGCAUGCGCAAGGACAGCCCCUGGAAACAGAAUGUGUCCCUGGCCAUUCUCAGUUCCCAUGAGAAUGGCUUCAUGGAAGAUCUAGAUAAAACCUGGGUGAGAUACCAGGAGUGUGACUCACGGAGCAAUGCCCCAGCCACACUCACCUUUGAGAACAUGGCAGGAGUGUUCAUGCUGGUGGCUGGAGGCAUAGCAGCAGGGAUCUUCCUCAUCUUUAUUGAGAUCGCCUACAAGCGACACAAAGACGCCCGAAGGAAGCAGAUGCAGCUGGCCUUUGCGGCCGUCAACGUCUGGAGGAAGAACCUGCAGCCCUCUUCCUCUCUAGAGACUCAGGAUGAUAGGAAAAGUGGUAGAGCAGAGCCCCCCGACCCCAAAAAGAAAGCCUCUUUUAGGUCCAUCAGUACCUCCCUGGCCUCCAGCAUCAAGAGACGUAGGUCAUCCAAAGACACGCAGUACCCACCCACCGACCUCACGGGCCAGCUCAACCUGUCCGACCCGUCUGUCAGCACGGUGGUGUGAGAGGGACAGAAGGAGAGAGAAACAUUCACUCCUUGGAGAGAGAGAGAGAGAGAGAGAGAGAGAGAGAGAGAGAGAGAGAGAGAGAGAGAGAGAGAGAGAGGGUGGGUGGACAAAGAGAGGCUUCCCCCAGCUCGCUGCAUUAUUGGAUCCAUCACUGCUGAAGCUUUUUGUCCCAUUGGCUUUACAAUGGAGCCAUGGAGAUAACCCUACAUUGAAGAAAGGACUGAUCUGAUCGUGGCACUUGUUACAGCUGGAUCUAGCCUGGCAUUAGUCAGCUCUUAGGGUUCUGAGCUUACUUACACAUACCUUGUUUUUUUUCUGUUUUCUCUAAUCACGCUCAAUUUAUGCUUAAAAACAGUCCUAUCUUUGUCUAAUUUUACUUACUGCAGUGCAGACAUUGUGGUGUUGGAUACAACUACUAUUUAAUAUAUCUACAUGGUCAAUGUUGCUGUUUGAAAAGUCCUGUUUAGUUAUAUGACUUAAGUAGAAAAACAAGUGGACUUAAGCACUGUACAUAUCAUUUAACUGACGAGAACUGACUGUAACACACAUUACUAUUUCACAGUAUGAAAGGUACACUGCUUAAAUAUCAACGUUUAAGAAAUACCUGUCUUUUAACUCCACAUAUUUAAAUAAUAUGUGUCUUUGAUAAGUUGGACAUGUUUUAAUAGUGAGAACAUAAACCUCUGUGCCAAUAUAAUAUUUUGAAGCAACGAUACUAGAGAUGGAAGCAUGCAUGCAUUGUAAAUGCAUACCCACUGGGCACAGACAUCAGUUCAACGUCUAGUUUGAACUUACAUUUUGUUGAGUUUUCAACUCAUGUAAAUUUAACGUAAAAUCUACAAAACAUUUCACCAUGUCAUUGGAUAUAGAUAAACAUUUGGGUGGAAAUAAACAGUGCCCUUACGUUGAUGACUUUUUUACAAGUCCAAUCAGUUUUCCACAUUGAUUCAACGUCAUCGCAUAGAUUUUUGGCAUUGAAAUGACAUGGAAAUAACGUUGAUCCAACCAGUUUUUUCCUAAUGGGUAGAUGCAAAUGAGUAUUUAUUUAAUGAAUGAUGUGUCCCCAUGGUGUUAAUACUUAUACUGCUAUUCUAAUCACGUACGUUCUCUGAGAUACAAAAAUUGUGAUCUUUGUUUAGAUUUGAUUCUUUGCCCCUAAAUAAUGGAUUGAAUAACUGUCCAGCCAGUAUUAUCCUUUGGUGCCCCUUGGAAACGUUCUGCCUUUGACGUAAUGUUCACAUUUACCUGUAUUUGGUCCAAUGAGGUCUUUACACCUUUGGUAUUGAGAAAGUGGCACUACUAUAUUCUUAUUUGAAGGGGAUUUUCAGUCACUAAUCCAGGUCGAAACUAUAGGAAAUAUGUUAUUUGUUAUCACUCUCUGAAAGUACACUAUCAAUGUUUCUUAAUCCUGGUCAUUGGGACCCAAAUGGGUGCACUUUUUUAUUUUUGCCCUAGCACUACACACCUGAUUCUAAUAAUCAAAGGUUUGAUAAUUAGUUGAUUAGUAGAAUCAGGGUAAUGCUAGGGCAAAUUCUAAAAUGCCCACCCAUUGGUUGUAUUCCCCUGCUCAGAUGUUGCUGACACAUGCGAGAUCUUACACAGCCUGGAUAGGUAUUUGACAUAUUAGCUUAUCACAUCAUAUGUAAUAGCAAUCUGGUACCAGACUCCACAGUCGAUGACAUUGACACGCAACCAUUGGUUGAUGCAUGCAAUGUCUGGGAAGGGGAACAUGACCUUUGUUAUCGGCAAUAUAUUUGGGAACACCCUCUCCCUUGCUUUCAUUAGUCUUUCUCAUCUCCAGUUUCAAGGGGUUGCAUCAAAGAGCCAGGUUUUUCACCCAACCAGCACUUGGUAUUUCAUGCAAAAACCUCCUACCUGUGCACAACAGUCUAUCUUCCAUUUGCACUUUGGUAUGUCUUACAUGGAAGGAACCAGAGUGAAUUGAUAAUUCAGCUUAACUUGCAGUCUUUCCCAGGCUCUGGAGUUGAGAAACAACUGUGGCAUGUUGAAAGAAAGACUAUUGCACAGUUCUGGCAUGGCACUGCACAGCACUUUAAAGGGAUACUUCAGGAUUUUGGUAAGGAGGCCCUUUAUAUACUUCACCAGAGUUAUCUACUUUACCAAGUCAUGGAUACCAUUUUUAUGUCUCUAGUAUGAAGCAAGUUAGAGGUAGUUUCACAAGUCAAUGCUAACUAGCGUGCUAGAAGAUACCCAUAGACUUCCAGUCAUUGCACUAACACUAGUUAGCAAUUGCGCUACCGGUAGUUAGCAACUUCAUUCAAAUUGCACGCAGUGACAUACACAUUUUAUCUACGAGUUCAUCUGACUGGGGAAGUAGAUAAAGGGCCUCAUUGCCAAAAUCCCAAAUUAUCCCGUUAACCUGAGGGCUUCCCCAUACUGUUCCCAUCAACAAGGCUGAUUGAGAUAUUAUUAUGCCUUCAGCAGGCAAGUACAUAAAAAUGUAUACGAAUAGUAGUAGAAAAAGGCUCACAACAGAGAUUAUGGUCUAAUUGUUAUAAUAUGAGUAUCUCAUACAACACACAUUUCUUUAUUUGUUUGGUGGCCAAGUUUUUUAUGAAACAUGUAGAUUGUAGUACUUCGCUGGAGAAAAAACACAUAUUUGUCUAUUUAAAGCGCUAAAACAGCAUUUAGUUUCUGAAUGUGAAAUUUGAUCAUUUAAAAAGUUACUUCUGGUCAUGUUCUCAUUCUGGCCUAUGCAUGCUUAUGUGUGUUUAGCAGUAUUCUUGUUUGGUUCUUGAAUGCCUACUGAUUAUUGGCCAUGCAGAUCUUGUUUCGUUUUCUGAAACGCAUACUAUGAAUGCAAUGUAAAUAGAAUAUUGCACUUGUCGUAAUACUGCUGAAGAGAAUGUCAUUUUCACACACACACACACACACACAAUCACCCUCAAUGACACACACAAUCACCCUCAAUGACACAUACACAUGCACUGUACACAUUUUUAAGUUUUAUCUCCUCAAUUAUAAAGAUGAUAUAGAAAAUGAUUUUCAAUCAAAUAAUAUUGUUUGUAUAGAUGCACUUGUAAAUAAAAAUGUACCUAUUGCCAAAUGUAAUUAUAGAUGCUUUCAUUUAUGCACAUAUACAACGUAGCCUACACACAUUGCAAUCUAGCUUGGGACACAACAUCUGAAGUCUGUAUUGGUUGGACUCCCUGAGUUUGUCACGCCUUGGUCUUAGUAUUUUGUGUUUUCUUUCUUUAUUUGGUCAGGCCAGGGUGUGACAUGGGUUAUUGUGGUGUGUUUUUUGUCUUGGGGUUUUGUGGGGUGUCUAUGUAGUCUAUG